CCUUUUAAAAUCAUUGAUUUUGAUGACAUUCAAUCCAUUGUGAAGAAAGAAGGAAAGGGAUAUCAAUUAAUUGAUGUACGUGAACAAAAAGAAGUAGCAGACGGUGUUAUUCCAACCGCUAAAAAUGUUCCUCUUAGUCAAUUCAGUUCAGCCUGGAGUUUAUCUGAUAAGGAAUUUCAAGACAAGUUUGGUUUUGAAAAGCCUCAAAAAGAUGCAAGUAUCAUUCUUUAUUGUUUGGGUGGCGUUCGUAGCACAAAAGCAGCAUUUUACCUUUAUGAUUUAGGCUAUGACAACCUUCAAAACUAUGUCGGAAGUUGGGCUGAUUAUAUUGAAAAAGUC